AUGAUAACUGUUUAAAUAAGAACCCCUAAAGUUAAAAUAUCCAAACACAGAAUAUAAAAUAGUUAGCCUACAAUAUUAAACUACUCAAAUUUAAAUAGUUUUCACGAAUUUUUUAAUAACAGUUCACAUAGCAAUGAAAAGAGAUAGAGAAUAUUUAAUAGUAGAUGUAAAACAGAAAAUGCCCAGAUGGAAGUAUCAAUCAAGACGAACAAACAAAAAUUGUCUAGUUAAUCUACAACCAUCAGUUUGGCAAGCAGUACUAGUCCUAAUUAAGGUAUGAAAAAUGGAAAAGGCAAUUCUAACAGCAGCUUUAAAAUACUACAACAAUCGAAUUCUGUCAAUCCUUUCUAAGAGAAUGGAACAAAUGAAAAACUUAAAUAGUAAUUACACAAAAUUGUCGAAAGAACUAAGAAGAUGAUGAACAAUUAUUAAGAAGCCUCAAAAAAAUGGGAAUAAAGGGAAAUAGAACUUAAGCAAGAAAUAUCAUCUUUAAAACAAAUUAUUCAAAAACAAAAUGCCCAACUAGAAAAACAUAAUUUAAAUCCAAUUUGUUAGUGA